GCAUCUUUAUCUACUACCGAACCACACGCGGUGCAAAACAUCGUGAGCUCGAAUCAAAGUGCUCUGUGAGCAAACUCGAAAAACGGCGGUUUUUCGAGCGACUAGUGUGUUACUGUUACUGUUACUGUUACUGUUACUGUUACUGUUACUGUUACUGUUACUGUUACUGUUACACGACAUACCAUUUCAGAUGCAAAUAACAACCGCUGACCAACCGCUGACCAACUCGUUUUCUUUGUUUUGCCGUGACAGUUGUGGGCCACCGUAGCACUUUGUCCACAAAAGCAUCCUCAUCCGAAGAGCCAGCAAACACCAUGAGUAUCUACAGAGUUAGAAAUGGUGGUAAACUUGGCAUAUUCUCUCAUCCCUCUUGAAAAAUUAUGAGAAGAAGGUGGCCAUAGCCUAGUUGAAAACCCGCGGAAGCACGCUGAAAACACAAUGGCGCCGAAGGGACAAAAUUUAAAUUAAUCUCGCGCAUGCGUAGAUAAAAGGCCUCUCUGCUCAACCAGUCACAGUGGAGCUUUAUCCCCCCUUAGAUGACACCGAACCAGUCAAUCACUGGACCGAAACGACACGAUUCGCGUGGCAAAAGAUAGUACUCCAAUUAUGUUGUUUUAAUGAAUGACAAUUACAUUUAUUACGAUAUUAGCGAAAGAUUUUGGUUCGCAAAUUGCAGAUUGAGUUUAAGCUGAUGAUAGCUUUUCCAUGAAUUCCUUCUCGUUUAGUGCUUUUCUUUGACUUGACUUAUCAAGUUUGCUUAUCUUCAGAAUCACGAGACUCGAAGGUGAACAGGAGAAGAAGGAAAGGCAGAUUGUAGAAAUAGCGAGAGAAGAAAAGGAAAAGUGAGUGCUAACUAGACGCUUAACCUUGUUGGCAGGAUUUUGAACAUAUAAAAAAUUCAGGGUGACUCUAAAGCCCUUUCUAGGAGAGACGAGCUAAUAAUUUAAGACUAAGCACUUACAGCACAGGGGACGAUUUUCCGUGAUGAAGGGAUGGUAAAUAAUUCACCUACAAAUGAUGGUGGUGAUUCUUCAACAGCAGAUAAAUACUGUAUUUAUGAAGUUGAUUAGCCUGUUUAUGUCUUCGCUGGUUACCUCGUUAUAAGUGAUUAAUUUUUUAUCUAAAAUGAGAUCUUUAAUUCUUUAUUGCUAGAACUGAAGGUCUGACAAAUGAACAUCAGAAAGAGGUCGAUAAAUUUUUACGCGAAAUACAGACAAUGAAAGAAAAGUAAGUCUAUAUCAACUGUCUGAAUCAGUAGAAUCGGCUUGAAAUAAACAAAAAUUGAGUCUUGUAUUCUAGUUCUAGCUACCGUUUUUAUUAAUUUUUUUCUUAAUGGGUAUCUCUAGAGUUGGACAGGGUUCUUGAUGACAAUUCUCUUCGACGUCGUCCACUGCAAAAUCUUGACGCGUUUGAGGUCAAUUUGUGUUGAGUCUGUUUAAAGCGGAUCUUAUAUGAGAUUUCACGCCAACAAAAAGGAUUUCUCUCAUUCUUUGUCUUAUCUUUAAGGUUAUUGAAGAAAAGUGACUAUAUCCAAAAAAUGUAUGAGGACUACAACAAGAAUCUUGCAGAUCAUAAAUCCAGGUUUGAAUGGACAAAGCGAAAUGAGUACUGUUGAGUACUGAUCAUUUUAAAAUAUUUAUUGCUCCAUAGACAAAUAAUCAGAGCCUUUAAUUUUUUUCAAGAGUCUGUAUUCAGCUAAAACAUUGAAAGAAAAAUUUUUAUUGUUUCGGUGGAAAUGUGUAAUUGGGGUUGCGGAGAAAUCUCGCCAGUGUGUAUUUUGUGCGCAUAGAAUUCGUUCUGGUAAUACAGAAAACCUAGAUUUCUGGUACACCUGAGCUCCUGCCCAUUUGAGAGGGUUACUAUAUGUACCGUUAAAAUUUACAAAAACACACGAGAUUGGAGUGAUUUGUUCUACUUUUGAAUAUUUUUUUCACAGAAAUGACACUCUUCUUAAGGAACUCGCAAAGAGGGAGGAGGAAAUCGCGAAAUACACUCAGAUGUAAGUUGAUAAGCAAAAUGUAACUCACCUAGUUUGUAGAUGCAGUGCUCACCUCACGAAUCUUAAUACAAGAGAAAGACUGUUCAACGUUCACGCAAAAUCACUGUGCAAUUAAGACUAACAUUGAUUUAUGGCUGGAAUUCUCGCCCCAGCAGCACUCGUUCUAAUGUGUAUCUGUGGGGUCACAUGACCACCGUUUCACGUGAGCAGAGCGUAAUUGAAGGUGGCGUGACAUUCUUAGUUUGUGGCAUUUCUAGGCUUUUGUACACGUUUCUUUCACAACUAAAAGACAUUCAGGCGCUCGAUUAGGCUAAUCAUUCCACCAUGAGUAUCCACAGAGUUAGAAAUGGUGGUAAAUAACCUGGCAUAUUCUUUCAUCCCUCUUCAGAAAUUGUUUGAAAAAGGUGGCAAUAGCCUAGUUGAAAACCUGCAAAAGCGCGCUGAAAACAUCAGAAUGGCGCCAAACGGGCAAAAUUUUUAAUUUAUCUCGAGCAUGCGCGGACAAAAUGCUUCUCUGCUCAACAAGUUUCGACGGAGCGUUAUCUUUACUUAGGUGAACCAGUCAAUCUUUCGACCGAAACGUCACGAUUCACUUGGGAAGUAAUUCCGUUGUGAGGCAAAAGAUAAUACUCCACUGACGCUGUUUUAAUGAAUGACAAUAAUGUUUACUACGAUAUAAGACUUAACUUUGUCAUUUGCAGAUUGAUUUUCCCUGAAAUCCUUUUCGUUUAGUGCUUUUUCUUGACUCGACUUAUCAAGUUUGCUUAUCGUCAGAAUCGCGAGACUCGAAAGUGAACAGGAGAAGAAAGAAAGGCAGAUUGUAGAAAUAGCGAGAGAAGAAUAGGAAAAGUGAGUGCUAGCCAGAAGCUAAACCUUGUUGGCGGGAUUUUGAACAUUUCGUAAAUUCAGGGUGACUUUGAAGCCCUUUCCAUAAGAGACGAGCUAAUAAUUUAGGACUGAACACUUACUGUAGAAGAAGGGAUUUACCAUGAUGAGGGGAUAGUUUAAGAGUCAUUGGUAAUUUUUUUUAUGUGAAUAAUUUACCCACAAAUGACGAUUCUUAGACAGCAAAUAAAUACUGUAUCUAUAAAGUUGAUUGAUCUGUUUAUGUCUUCUUUGGUUAAAUCGUUAUUAGUGAGUGACUUUUUAUCGAAAAUGAGUUCUUUAAUUCUUUAUUGCUAGAACCGAAGGCCUGACAAAUGAACAUCAGAAGGAAGUCGAUAAAUUGUUAAGUGAAAUACAGACAAUGAAAAAAAAGUAAGUCUUUAUCAACUGCCUGAUCGAAUCAGUUGAAUCGGCUCGGAAUAAACAGUGCAGUUCUGGCUUCCUUUUUUGUUAAUGUACAUUUUUUACGCAUCAAAAUCGAUUUUACUCAACCGGUAUAUCUAGAGUUGAACAGGGUUCUUAUGACAAUUUCUUCGACGAAGCUGUAGUCGUCAACCGAAAAAUCUUGACGCGUUUGAGGUCAAUUUGUGUUGAGUCUAUUUUGAGGGGAUCUGACAUCAGAUUUCACGCCUGAAAACAGGAUUUCAAUCAUUCCUUGACUGAUGUUAAAGGCUAUUGUACAAAAGUGUCUAUAACAGAAAAUGUAUGAGGACUACAACAAGGAUUUUGCAGAUCAUUAGUAAAGGCAUGCACUAAGUGAAGUGAUUACUGUUGAAUGCUGAUCAUUUCAAAAUAUCUAAUGCUCCAGGGGCAAACAAUCAGAGCCAUCUAUUUUUUUCAAGAGUCUGUAUUCAGCUAAAACAUCCAAAGAGAAAUUUUGACUGUUUCCGGUUGGAAAUAUGUAAUUUGGUUGCUGAGAAUCUCGUCGGUGUGUAUUUUGUGUGCUUAGAAUUAAUUCUGAUAGUACAGAAAGGUUAAAUUUUUGGUAGGCAACUAAAUGGGAACAAUGGUGGGUACAAAAACACACGGGAUCAGAGUGAGUUGUUUUAGUUUUGAAUCUCUUUUCACAGAAAUGACACUCUUCUUAGGGAAAAGGAGGAGGAAAUCGCGAAAUAUACUCAGAUGUAAGUUAAUAGACAAAUUAUAACUCAACUUGUUUGAAGAUGCCGUGCUCACCCCAUGAAUGUUAAUACAAGAGAAGGACUCCGUUUAAUGUCCACGCAAAAUUACUGUGCACUUUAGACAAACAUUGAUUUAUGGCUGGCACUCUUGCUCCUGCAGCACUCGUUCUAUUGUGUUUCUCUGGGGUCACAUGACUGCCGUUUCACGUGAGCAGAGCGUAAUUGAAGGUGGCGUGACAUUCUUACUUUGUAGCAUUUCUAGGCUUUUGUACGCGCUUUUGUUUCCCCACUAAAAGACAUUCAGAUGCUCAGAUUUCGCCAAUCAUUGCGAACUAUUCGUUUCUAUUAACCUUAUCUGGGUGUUAAGGAAAGGUAUGAGCGUUGUGUGUUAGCCAAACAAUUUCAUAAAAAUCGCUCUCACGCUUGUUUCAGGACCUUUAAGAAUACAGGCGUUUACUCCCCGGAGAAGUCUGACAAUUCAAUAAAUUGCGUCGAAAUUAAAAUUUAGGCAAGUUUUACGACAACUAUUCGCAGAGUGCUGCUCACUGGUUUAGUUUUCUUGUUAUUUCUUUGAACUGUGUCACAUACGACCCAUUUUUCAUAGUCAAUGUGAAGAAAGCGAUUUAAGUUGGUCUUAAUAAUAAUUGUACGGUAUAUGAAUAAGCUCUUUCUUUUCUUAGGAGUCUGAAACUCAAAGAAGAAUUGAAGAAGAAGGAAAAAGAGGCAAAGGACAAAAUUAAAGAGCGAGAGGAGAGGUAAAUUCUAAAAUCAUGUGAUUUAAUUUUUUAUUUACAUUUCACUGUAUUUUCAUAACGUCUCACUGCUAUAAAUAAAAUUUGAGACAAUACAGGAGCAACGAUUCUAAUCUUAACGGCAAAGAGUAUGAACGUAAUGGACUAAAAUCCUUCAUAUGGGCCUUCCACCAAGCAUCAUCUCUCUGAAUUUAUUUUACACUUUUAAUCACGUUCCAGACUUAACGUACUUUCCGAAAUCAGACACAUUUAUGUACAUCUGUUUGGUGCUAAUAACCUUAUUAGUCAAUAGACUUGCAGUUACUAUAUAUCUAGUAGAACUUGUUGAUCCUCGAAAACAUUAUGUGGCCUUAAAAUGAUUGUGAUUAUGGGUAAAUAUUAUAUGGCGAUCUGUGAUCUCCUAUCCAACUUUGAUUUUGAUCAGAUUCUUUCACGGGAACAAAGAACAUUUCAAAAUUUGCAAUACUCUCAGAUGCAGUUUUUUGCUAGCAGCACACAAUUAGCAGCACUCAAUUAAGCUUCUUUUCUUCAAUUUCAAUAAUUGUAGCUUACUUACGACGAAUAAUUUUUUUACUUGAGUUUAAGUCCAACAUUAUUGGGUGUUAAAAACCCACUAGCGAUCUACAUCACAAGUGACUCGUGAGAAAAACGAAGAAAGUUCAUCUCCUAAGUAAGAUACAGUUUCUACUCGAGAUAUGUUCGUCAAAUCAAAGGAGACCUUGUCAGAAAUGGAGGAAUAAUUAUAGAUUAUAACAGAGUAAAGAAACCUUUUUUUGAAUCAUGAGUCUCGGAAAUAUCAUCAGUUAUGGUCAAUGAUGCGACGAAUUUCAUCAAAAUUUGAAGACUUACUUUUGAUCAAACUACCCCUAAGCCUCAAAAGAUGAUCGAGAAUUGCUUAAAGUUAGGGUUUGAGUUAGGGUUAGCGUGGAGAGGUGUGUAUAAAGACAUAUAAAGUAAUAAUAAUAUAAAGUAAAGUAAAGUAAUAAUUAAUUAAGUUGAGGCAAGUUGCGUGGAGAGAGCAAAGACUGAUAAUUUAAACCAGUAGGUAAGCUUCUGGUACUACUUUCAAUUUCUUGAAUAGUGUGUCGAUACGUUUUCGCGCACUAAACUGGACUUCGCUGGAACGUACGAAACGGGAGAAAUUAACUCGGUAGAGACCACUCUCACACGGAGAUCUACUUCGAGCGAGCUUAUACGGACGUCAAGGAUGAGACAGCGUUUUACUUAAAUAUUCCAUCUGUUUCUACGACAAAAAUAAUUACAAAAUUAAAAGGACGGAUACAAUAAACUCGUGGCCAUUAAAAAUAGGAAUCUUAGGUAAGAAUUCACAGCUCUGGUAUAGAAUAUAUAUAUUUUAUUUGCCGGCUGGGAGGUCUGUAUGGUGAAAAACUGUGACCGAGGUCACAGUUUUUCACCAUACGGACCGACCCUUAGCCGGUAAAUAACAUAUUUAUUGUUUUUAAACUUGACGAAAUUCUUUCCGAAAGAACCCGAAUGAUUUAUGGCCGUAAAUACGGCAAGAUCUUCUAUAAACUGAACAAUUUUUGAGUGAGUAAAUGGUAGUUAAAAUAGAGGUGAUGCAAAUUUAAGAGAGAUGCCUCAGCGAAACAUUUUCAUUUCCGUAACGAUAAAGGUGAUUUAAAAGGCUUCCAAACAAACUUUGAAACAUUAUUUUCAGAAGUAUCUGUCACAAUCUGACACCUGUCAAUUAGAGAGCGCCCAAGAAAAAAAAAAGCGUAGGAACAUUUGAAAACCAACUAGUUUGGUAAGGACUGUCACGACAAUGUUUUCUUCAAAAUCAGUUAGGCCUAGUUCAAACGUCGAUCUUUACAUGUACCGAACCUAAUUGCAAUUUGGGUCGACUCGAAUAAUUAAGAGCGGCAGUUGAUUCAAACGUCGAUCCGAAUUUAGUCGAUCCUAAUUACAAAACUGAACAUAACUCCAUUGUAGUCAGCGGUUAAUGCCUACCAAAAUGGCGGAAAAAAAUGCGGGAAGCACAACUUGUGGAAAUGAAGAGCUUGUUUUUCUUGCAAAUGCGAUUAAGGAGGGUAGAAAAAGGCGACUCAAGAUGCAGUUAGCAUUAAACAACCUUGCUGCCAGGAGAAGACGAGUUUUGAAUUUGGCUUGCCUUCUAUUAUUCAAACACCACACAUGGCAUACAAAAGUACUCCUUACACGUAAGACAGGUAUAUUUUGUGGUUUUAAAACAAGAGGAGCACGAGCCUUCCUCCUUUCCCGCCAUAUUGUUUGAAUGGUUCGAAGGCUUUCGGGCAUGGCACGUAAGCGAACUUUCUUGAAUUGUGGGUAAAACAUAAUUAUUUUAACGUAUGUAUAAUGUAUGCAUUAAGUUCGGUACAUGUAAAGUACGACGUAUGAAUCAAUGCCGAUCUUUUACCGUUCUAUCCGACUAGCCGAGUCGGAUAGAACGGCACUGUCGAUCCGAAUACAAAUCUGCCGAUCCUAAUUGAUUCAAACGUCGAUCUUUACAUGUACUUUAGAAACGUUAGGUUCGGUACAUGUAAAGAUCGACGUUUGAACUAGGCCUUAAUGAUCUAACGGAAAGUAUUAUUCACUCUCAUCGACCAUUCAUUCAUGUACGAAGAUUUACCUCUGUUCAUUAAGUAAACGGCGAUGAAAGCAAUUGUGAGUAAAUUCAAUUUUUUUAUUUUGAAGUUGUGAGAGUUUGCUCGUUUGUUUGCUGUAAUGGCGUGUUUAACUCUGAUCUUUCCUUCACAAAAACUAAAUUCGAACGGCACACUCCAACGAGACACAAGGGAAUGUAAUGCGGCCUUUUCUCAAAAAAUUCCUUCAAUUUCUGUUGUGCAAUUUAAGGUACAAAUGUCCAAAUUGAACGGAAUUGGAAAGACUCACCAGGAGCGUAUAUUUGUUGUAGAACUUAAAUUAAAACUUCGCUUGCUCUUUCACUAUGAACAAAUUGCUCGAGAAACUUCAGAUAUUAAAUGAAUGAAAGUUCCAUCGUUCAGUUUAACUGUAACCAAAUACCUCACGUUUCAACUUUCUGGGUACUUUUUGUGAAUGAUUAAAAUUAAUUGCAGACGGUUUUUAGGCCGCUUGUCAACCAACGUAAUGACACUAUUGUUUAUACAAAUUCAUUCUGAAACCAAUAUUUUUCUGUCAACCAAAGUGAUUUGAUAGAGAGAAAAGAGAGGAUUCAUAAGUUAUUUAUCGGCUUGAGGUAGUGACCGACGUGUUUGCUUAAAAAUACUGCCCAGCCGGAAAACGAGUUAUAUUUAUGAAAAAUGACAACGAAAGCUGGGAUGUACUCGGCGACUCACGAAAGCGUUACCGUGGCCCGUGGGCAGAGAUAGGAAAAUACUGACCGGGUAAAGAACCAAUCAGAUUGCAAGAUUCGUUACCGUGCCCUCUAAAAAAACAAUAAAUACCUAUCUUACCUACAGUUGAACAGCUUAGGAAAUAAAAGUGGAAAAGUCAUUAAAAGUUUCUGCUUAUCUAUGCAAGGUUGGUGUGGAAAUCUAUCGUAUGAAGGAAAAUUAAAAUUACGAGUAUAAACUCAGCUGCCAACUACCAUGAGAACCAAUUAUUCCAGAAAGACCAUUAAGAGAGUGUCUGUAAGAGCGGUCCGGUCGAUUUUGCUUGAUACACGAAUUUCGCUCAUUUCUUGUGUGUUGUAAGACAUUCAGGUACCUAAAACCACAAUCCGUUUGAUCGGAUCUCUUUAUUUUUCAGAGUUAAAUUUUAAAUUUUAGAUUUUUGUAAUGAUAAAAGAGGAUAAUUUAGAAUUUGAUAAUAUUUUACUACAACUUCGAAGUAAAUCUGCUUGUUUACUUCGAAGUUGGCUAUUUGACGAUGCAGAGGCAAUGAGAAUUGGUUCACUUUUCCUACUUUGCUUUUUCCCAAGACUGAUGCUUCUCAGUAAAAAUCUGGUAGAAAAGGAUCAGAGGAACAUGGAAGACACGGCUGCAGUAAAUAGGCGCUCGGAAGUGGAAAAAGAAUUCUCAUAUUUUUUUGACAACGAAAGAAUGGACGCGAUAGAAAAAAUGCAAAGCGUUUAUGGAUCUGAUGAAGACAUUGACAUUGGUAUCUCUUACCCUCGACUAGCCUGCAUGAUAUUUGAGGUGAGAAAAAUCGAGAAAAUAUUUAUUUUGUUCUCUUUUUUCCGACAGCUGGAAGGUUGUAAUAUUUUUAACAUUACCGAUUAUGGCUGGUUACUGUCUUAACCCUUUCAAUCGAACCUCUUGUAACACUUGUGAAAUUUCUUCCUGAAAGGCGGCCUACGAAAAGACGACAGAGGCAAAGGACUCAGCACUGCAUGUUUUCAGAGAAACAAUCAAUGAAAUGAUUAAAGAAGCUGCGGAACUGGGAGAAGCUUACUUGCGUUCGGAAAAGGUAUACAGUAAAUCUUACACUAAAGCUGGCAAAACUAGCUUUAUCUCGCCAAUCUGAGAUUAUGAUCAUAACUCGUGUUCCUUGUCAGAUUAAAUGAGUACCUAAUUUUGGUAAAUGAUAGAGAACCAAAUCUAAAAUGAAUGAUUUGGAGUGCCUUUAUCGAGAACUACUGUCGUGGUAAGACUGAAACAGUGAUCCAAUAGUUUUGAAAAUUCGGCGUUGUUGUUAAAAUUGUCUUUUGUUCCUAAAAUUUGACUCUUUCAUUUCACUACUAAAUGAGUUACACGAAAGUCUUGGAAGACUUUUGUGCCAGAAUCUGAUAAUAAAUAAUUAUAUCGUUUGAACUGCUCGCGCGUUUCGUGAUUUCUGGUUAAUAUUGAUGUCUGGAUCAGUGCUUUUCAGGCUUCGACUGGUGUUGCAAUAUUAUUACCAAAACUUAAAAAAAAAACCCUUGUGCCAAUAAACUUCGAAAUGCAUUCGCGUUCGUGCGAUUUCGCUGCUGAAGGAAAAAUCAACGUUAGGUUUAUUUCUCAAAUGAUAAAUGAGAACUGGAUUACCUAGUACCUUAGCUGAGUCUUGCUUUCAAAAUGUUUAUUUAAAAAAAACCCUUGAACAUCCGCAGCUGAGAUAUUGUCCAAAAAAUGAAUACUUGGCCAAGAAGCGAAGCAUCGAGGGCAGAUGUGAAAUUUUGAGGACAAUCUCUCAGCCAAGGGAGCUGUCAGCUGACAUAUCAGGAAGUCUGAAUGGUGUUUAUUAAUUUCAUAACCCUCACAUUAAUUUUGGCAUCCAGCGUGGACAACAAAUUUUAUUUACUUUUUUUGUACCUUUCAGAGCAGCAUUUUAAGUCAUCUUUUUCGUAUCACUGGACUCUACAAAACAAAAUCGGGUUUUCUUCCAUUUAAAGUAAUAAAUAUGAAACAGUGAAACUCUUGAGCUGGUUUUUUCCGCUUACUUUGUCUGUUUAAGAGGGAGGGAGAUAAUCGGGGAACAAGUAUCGACAGAGAGAGGCGGUUAUUGCUCAAUAACUGUCCGGUGAUUUUGCACCACCUGACGUAAGGUAGCUGAUAGAAUCGCACGAAUAUCCAAAGAUGGGUUAUUGAGAACCACAACCAACGUUUAUUACUAAGUGAAACAAAAUAUUUUGCUUAAGCUUUACAAUUUUCGGUUUAUUUCUCAUCUUUUUUACUCUGUCAUGUGUUGAUCAAGUCCGAGCUAUCGUCACAUGGAGUCACUUUCAAAAUACCAACAUGCAGCCAGGAAUUGAAGUACCCGACCGAGGUUCUAGAUACUCUCAUGCUUUCCCUGAAAGAAACUGCGCACCUUUGCAGCCUUGAGUCCAUAAAAGAGGUAUGUUAGUAAUAGCUAUAUAGUAAACUGCUUUCAGUUCCCGUUCAAUUUUUACUAAGCCUCCUAUUAUCUCUUUCAAAAAGGGAAAAUCCUUUAAAGACAUGCUUGUGAGAGCAAAAACUUAAUUAGAAGGCGAUUAUAUACAUACAUUCUAGUCAGCGGUAUCUUCAAACAGUUUAGGACCUUCGUUGUUGUUCCUGAUGUUUUGAGCAAAUUUUCGAAGAUAGGGAAUGUUUUCUUCUUCAGAUGAAGAGCAUGAUGUCAGCAUCAGUUGAAAUUAUAUUCUAUUAAGCGUGACUUAUAAUUUCGGUUUGGGAAAUUGAGCCAAAAUUGAAAGAAACGACAGAAAUAGAUAUGGCAAACAGUUACAAUUAAGUUGGAAGUUUGAAACCAAAAUAUACAAUUUACAAUCAUCACACCCUACGCAUCCUAGCAAAGAAAGGGUCAAUUACCACCACGACUUCUCCCAAACGUUCAUGCUUACUGGAAAUUAUUAAUUUUUGUUAUACUUACAAUAGUUCUACCGACUCAAAUGCAUUUUUCUAAAGUUAUCCCAUAGCAUAUGACUGUACAGGUCAAGAAGAAAGUUCAAAGGAAACAAAUGGCCCUCAUAGCAAAUAGCUGAGUGCAAAAUAGGUAGCGUUGGCUCUAUUUCGAUAGUAAUUAUUAAGGAUAAUAAUGGACUCGAACUUUUACUUUUACGUUCAGCUGGAACUCAAUUUUGUAAAUAAGUUUUCAGUUACUUGAAAUUUUUUUGUAAUUAUUGAUAUUCUCGAAAGCAUUGUGCAUGUAGACAGGGAGCUGAUUGUUUUUGUGCUCGGUUGUUUUAAUAUUCAAAUUAACCGUUUCAAUCGCGCAAAACGAAUAGCUUAGGUGGAAUGUUGAAUUUUAGUGUUUUCUCGUCCUCUCUACUCACCAUCUUCUAUAGCAACAACAAAAAGGUUUCUCAUCUUAAAAUAACUUUCAAAGCAGUUUUCGGCUUUGGGGACGCAAGAAUUCAAAACAGGGGAAUUUCCGUCGUGUAUUUUUUGUCGUGACCAUCAGUUUGUCAUUAGAAAGUGAAGGGGAAUCCUGUCUUAAAAUGUUUCACGAAGAAUAUUUCUUGGAUGCUUUCCUUUUUCAUCAGCACAAAGUUUAUUCUACGAGUAUUCCAUUCAAUUUCAAUGUAUCCGAUGUCAAAUGCAAUGGUCAGGAGCGUGCGUACUCUAAGGGUACGCGAUAAGAGGAUGCCGUCGAAGAGGCCACCCGGGUUUGCAUUUAGGCUAGUAUUCACCUGCAAAAAGUGGACUUUCGAGGAAACCCUUACAAUUGAUUUUCAUUGUGUUGCAAUUGUUUGAAACCUUAGAUGCUUUCCCCUCAGACUCGUAAAGCACUUAUGAACUAUAAGGAGAUAAAGGUUUGAUGCUAAGGAUUGAUUUGUCAAUUCCUUAGUUCUUACUGAGUAUUAACUGAGGAAGUCACGUCAUUGUGUGGUUAAGGCGCCACACAACACUACUGAGUACCUCAUUGAGUGUAUUUUUUACAUGCAUGCGCAACUUUUCUAAUACCCGGAAAAAAUACAUUUUCAACGAAUUGCAAAACAUGAUUCCAUGUUUUUUACUUUUAACGGGGAAGAAUUUAUACUGCCGAAAAAAAAAAAAACAGAAUUUAAUGUCACCCGUUAAAUUCUGGUUUACAUAAUAUCAAAAUAUUUACUUUAAAAGGGGAAGAGUUUAUACUGCCAAAAAAAAAAAAAGAAUUUGAUAUCACUCGUUAAAUUCUGGUUUACAUAAUAUCACGUCUUUUUCAGGGUGUUCGACGAAAAAUCACGGAGAAGUGGAUAUCAUGGCUUCAUAGCGAAAAAUCGUGCCACUUCUCCUUCUCCGAUCGUUUGCUUUUUCAUCUCAAGGACUACGUUCAGGCGUGCCUACGGUUAGCUUGGCGGAUGGUUGUGCAGGUUCCACCCAUGCAACUGGAGUAUAAGUGUACCACUUUAAAAAAUUUCCAUCGGAUGGUGGGAUACCACAGUGGUUCAGAGAUGUAUUCAAUGCCCCCUCCAAAUGGACAAGGCGCGGCCGAUUAUGAGGUUGCUUGUUAUUUGUGGCCUGCACUCUUAGACGGAGGAGGACGAGUCAUCCGACAUGGAGAAGUCCUUGUAAAGUGGAAGCUGAAGUGAUAUAGAAGCUGAAUAGAAAUUGCUGUAUCAAGGUUAAAUAUUUGACACUGAUUAGCAGAAAAACGGGGCUUUAUUUUUUACCCUCCAAAUAUUUAUCGAAAAGGACAAAAGCAGUGCAUUUCCUUUUUCGAAAUUGUUUUAAAAUGUUAAUGAAAUUAUUUUUGAUUUAAUUUUUUCUCACUUGGAAUGUCAUUGGAAGGAGGCAUGAAAGGUGUGAUGGAAAAUGUAACCGUAUCAUAUAAUAUGUAACAUUUGCCUCAUCUUUGGCGGAAAUAAUUUUCUUUAAACCGUGGCAGAAUUGGAUAAAUCAAUCGAAAUUGUAGCUCAAAAUCCGAUAGUUCUUUCGUUUUGGAGUCCCCAGUGUAAACAUGUAUAGACUUUUACAUGUAUUGAGCAGAAAAAUGGGCAUUAAUUCAUCUCCAAUAUAUCAGUCUCAUUUAACUGACGGCUAGUAGAUCAUCAUUUUACCCUUGCCUAAAAGUUUUGACGUGAGGCGUGAUGCUGGAGGUAAUGUGGGACUUACGUGUUGAAAUGGGGCUUAGUUUGUGGACAAAGUUUACUAGUUCUGCGUUCUCGAGAGGAAUGUCGGCAAGCAAAUUGUAGAAUUUUGUACUAAUUGCUGGUUUCUCUGGUGUCCAUAAAGACAUGUGUUGCUUUUUAAAUAAAACUAAUUAAAGUUCAUAGACACUUAAAUCUACUGAAGUGUUUAAUACUUAAUAAUGAUAAAAAGGUUAUUGUAAUUCAAGUACAUCUGCGGAUCAUAACAAGAAUAGGAGCCCUUAUGACACUCUAUGGAUAGCUGACAAACUAAUUACUUUGUGAACGAUUCAACCACAGGUAGAUACCAGACUUUUUUGUUUGAGAGAUGGACAGGUCUGUUACUAUUUCCUAUUGUCAAAAAGCACGAAAUUAGAAUUAUAGUCUGGCAAACUAUCGACCAAAUGAAAGUGAGAAUUUUUUUUUUGUUAAUAAUAAUACUAAUAAAUUUUACAAUAAUUAUAACUAAUUACAAUACACCAUAUCACUUACGGC